AUGAAAACGGUAACAUUUAUCGCUAUAUUGUUAGUGGCUGUUGUGGCGUUCGUCAAUGCUGGUAAUGUUCAUUAUGACUUAAAAGACGCACCUUAUUUGUUCCAUAAAUUUGUAAGAGAUUUCGAGAAAAGAUAUAAAGAUACCGAAGAGGUAAUGCAAAGAUAUGCUACAUUCUUGGUUACGUUGAAGAAAUUAAACGAACAGAACGUUUCUCAACCGACGGCAGAGUACACUAUCAACAAAUUCUCUGAUUAUAAUGAUAAAGAAUUGGAACAAACAAAAGGUUUAUUACCGGUGGCUGUGGUGCCAUUCGUCAAUGCUAAGCCCAUUGUCCAUUAUGAUAUAAAAGACGCACCGUAUUUGUUCCAUAAAUUUGUAAAAGAAUAUAAUAGAACAUACCACGAUACCGAAGAGGUACUGCGAAGAUACGCUCAGUUCAUAGUUAAUUUGAAAAUAAUAAAUGAUUACAACGCUCGUUCUACAUCUGACACGUAUGGUAUCAAUCAAUUUUCUGAUUAUUUUCAAGAGGAAAUCGAGCAUACGCAUGGUCUCCGACCGCGAAAAGAAAUAACAAUUUUAUUUAAUACAACACGCGGGCGGCAAAAUCUCUCACCCAAAGAGAGUCUAACCUUUGACAUAUUGCCGCCCGGACACCCGCACUUGAAGCAAAAUGCUCCCGAAGUCAAUAAAGUGUACAUCUUCGUCAAUAUCAGCCCGACAGUAAGAAGGGACAGUCAACUUGGAAAAGAGAACUUCUACGAGUAUUUCACAAGUUCCAGCUCGCACUAG